CUUCGCUCUCGCUGUGGGAUUAUGAAGGCCUUCCACACCGCCAUCACGCGCCGCCUCUCCGUCGCGCCGCGGCGCGCCGUGGACCCCACGAAUACGGAGUCCUCGCUGGCGGCCUUCGGGAGCGGCGCCCUGCUCGCGCGCGCGUCGCUCAUGUCGGCCCUGCGCCUGCCGGGCUUCGUGCCCUGCGCCAAGUUCGCGCUGGCCUUCGGCGCGAACGGCGCGCGGAGCGCGAACCCGGCCUACAACCUCGCGGGCCGCGGCGUCCUCGCCGUGGCCCAGCGGCUCGUCGAGGGCACCUUCGUCGCCGGCGAGUCGCUCGACGACGCGCUGCGACUGGCCGAGCGGCUCGAGGCGGAGCGCGGCGUCGGCGUGCUCAUCGACCACAGCGUCGAGGACGCCGUCGACCUCGGCGCGAACCGCGCGCGCAAGGCCCGACUCGUCGACGCCGUGCCGGCGGGCGCCAUGGUGCCUCUCAAGGCGACGGCGCUCGCGGACGUGGCCAUGCUCGAGGAGCUCUCGGAUCUCGUCGCCCGGGCCGACGACCCGGACGCCGCGCGCCUCGACGGCGCCCUCGCGGACCGGCUGGACUCGUCGCACGCCUACGCCGAGGCCGUCGACUGCCUCGCGGCCCUGGGCGAGGCCGCGGGGCGCCGCGGCGUCGCGCUGCUCCUCGACGCGGAGCGGACGCCGAUCCAGCCCGCCGUGGACCACGUCGCCCUCGCGGUGCUGCGGCGCUUCGCCGGCGCCCCGAGGCCCGCGCUCUACAACACGUACCAGUGCUACCUCGCGGGCAGCGGCCGGCGGCUCCGCCUGGACGAGGCCGCGUGCGCCGCGGCCGGCGCGCCGUUCGGCGCCAAGGUCGUCCGCGGCGCGUACCUCGCGGACGAGCGGCCCACGGGCAAGGUGCGCGAGUCCAAGGCGGCGACGGACGCGGCCUACGACGCCGCCCUGGCCUCGAUGCUCGGCGCCGCGGCCGCCGGGCGGCCCGCGUUUCUCGUCGCCGCGACGCACAACCCGGACUCGGCCGCCAAGGCCGUCGACGCGCUCGACGAGCUGGGCCUGCGCCGCGACGACGAGCGCGUCGCCUUCGCGCAAAUCCUGGGCAUCGACGUUGAAUCACCCUUUUGCUGCCCAGGCUGCCGCGCGCGCAAGCUCGUGCUCUACGGCGCGUUCGACGACGUCGCGCCCUGGAUCGCCCGGCGCCUCGACGAGAACAAGGACGCCCUCGGCGCGCCCAUCGCCGAGAACGCGCUGCUCUGGCGCGAGCUCCGGCGGCGCGCGUUCGGAAGAACGGCGGCGGCCUCGCCCGCGGAUCUCGCGCCCUAACACGAGUGAGCAUUC